AUGGAAGAAAAAGACGAAGGAGGACAUGCCGAGCCGCUUGACCUAGUGCGCCUGUGUCUCGACGAGGUCGUCGUCGUGAGACUGCGGGGGAACCGCGAACUGAAGGGACGCCUGCAUGCAUACGACAGUCAUUGCAAUCUUGUGCUCGGAGAAGUGGAGGAGACGAUAUAUAUUGUGGAGGAAGAGGAGGAGGAUGAGCAGUCGCACGUACGGAUAGUGAAGAAGCAGUCGGAGAUGCUCUUUGUCCGAGGCGAUUCGGUUGUGUUGAUAGCACCUGCCGAAGGGAUUCAGGACUUGCGCAGUUAAGGGCAUGGGAUGUUGCGUGUGCACCUUACGUUGUGAGGAGCCCUCGCCAGGGGAUCAGGAAUGGGUCAGAGGCACGAGGAGGACUGGAUGCGCGAGACACUCGCGAAGCUUCUAUGGACGGAAGCGAUCGGAAAAUCAGCCGUCGCACCGUCGGCGAUCCAAGGCAAGCCGAUGAGAUGGGCACUUCGCAGUUUCGAUUGAUACCACAGCCAGGCGGAUGAAUGAAAGGACUCGCCGUUCUGACGUGCAAAGAUGCAUUUUGUCUAUGAUCAUCCUCCCAAAACCAGGCUAGGUCUCCCAUAGCAUGCCAGCCUCCAUAGAAAAACGGUGCAAAACAACGACUGAAGGCUACACAAAAGAAAAGUGAGGGUAAUUAAGUAAUGUUC